AUGGUGAAGAAAAUCCACAAAAUAGUAUUGGCUGACCAUCCCCUGAAAGUGCACGAGCUAGCAGAUAUGGUAGUCAUUUCAAAAAGUGCUCUAUAUAAGAUAUUGACUGAAAAUUUGGACAUGAGAAACCUGUGCAAGAUGGAUGCCGCAUUUGCUCACAAUCAAGACAAUUGGCUAGAUUUAGAUCUCUCGGACAAUGAAGAGGUGCAGUCUGCGGUUGCUAGCUAUUUUGAGGAGCUCCACGGUUCUGACUAUAAACAGGGUAUCCAAGCUAUUGAACAUCACUGGGAAAAGUGUAUCGAGCUAAAAGAAGACUUUGUUGAGAUAUAA